AUUCUCCGUAACAGGCGUGCCCGGUAAGCUUCCCCUUCUUAUUACCACCCCUACGCGACGCCCGCUCAUUUUAGGCUCUUUCACGCUCCCGUGCUGUUGCUCUCCACGCCCAGCCUCCGCCGUCGCCGUUGUUGGUUGCUUGUUGGGUUUAUAAUGACAGUAUUGAGGUCUCGUGAGGUUGUGUCUACUGUAACUUCUAGAACCUCACAGCCGCCUAAAACCUCAGAGCCAUUAGCUUCGGAAAAUGUGAUGGUUGAGCCGGUGACUCCGUCCAAAAGCGUUGAGUUCUUGAAUCAAGCAUCGAACAGUAGCACACCCAGUUCCAGUUCUCCGGCUCAGAAUUGUGGGCAUGUGGAAUUAGGGUUAGGGCCUGUGGGUGGCUCUGUUAUGGUUAUUGGAACUGGACACGGACCGAGGCGCAGUGCUCGGUUGGCCAAAAAGGUUGGUAUAAGUGACUGCUUGGAGAAUGUUGAGGUUGUAAGUGGAAAGAGGAAGAAAUUGGAAUUGAGUUCUUCUAAUGGUGAAUGUGAUGUAAGAAAUUUGGAGAGGCGGGUUUUGGAUGUCAUGGGGGUUGAGAACUCAGUUGAGGUUCCUGAAUCCAGUAUAAUUGUUACAAACGGGGAGAUAGUCAAAGAUGGUGGAAGUGUUGCCAAGUUGGGAUUGAGUUGUGAGAUAGAAGGUUCGAGGGUGGAGGCUGUGACUACUCGGAGGAGCAAGAGAAAAUUUAACAUGGAGGUAAAAUCAUUGGGUUUUGAGUCAUAUGAAAAAGGUGAGGUCGAAAAGGUGUUCUUGAGCUUGAGGUCAAGGAAAGUAGUGAGGAGAGAAACAAAAGAGGAUAGCGGUUGUGGUGGUAAAUUUUUGGAAGGAGUUGAGAAUAGUAAAAACAGUGGUGUAGUUUUGAAUGGUGAUGUCAUUUUGCAGACUGAAUCAGGGCACAAAGAAGAAAAUGGGCAUUUGAAGGAGAGGAGAUUUACUAGAGCAGAGAAAGGUAAAGCUAAAGUUGUUUCUGAAACUUUGGUGAAGAAUGUUUCUCUUCCAGUGUCUGAACUAGAUGAUAGAAUAAAACUUUCACUUGGUGAUUCAAAUAGUGAUGCUGUUGGUUUAUCGAAAAGCUCAGAUCCAAAAAUGGUUGUCAAAGAUAAACAUAGCAUCAUAAUUGAAACUCGUGUUAAGACUAGACAGAGACUGAGCAAAAAAGAGAAAGAGAAAAUGAAAUUGGGAGCCACGGAUUCUUCCUUUAAUAGCAUCAAUACAGAGGAGCCUGAAACAGAUUAUGUGAAUGGAAGUAGUCCUUCAGGUACAGUCGACUCAGCAGCCAAUGAAGCAUUGGAGGAUGGAGUUCAGGUUACAGAUACUGAUGUUGCUGCAAAUGAUGCAAGAAGGCGUUAUAGGGAACGCUUUCGAAAUAUCGCCAGGCAGAAUGCAUCUAGGUUUGCCCAUUUCUCUUCCCAAGAGGAAGUGGGAAACCAUGCUGCUGAUGCCGCCAUACGAGAAAAUCCACUGCCUGAAACAGAUAGUGGAAUAGAAGAUUGGCCCGGUCCCUUUUCUACUGCCAUGAAAAUUAUUAGGGAUCGUGAAAAAAAUAAUAAAGGAGAGCGGCAUGGUGCCUCUACUGCAAAAGGUGAUGCUGCCGAACUAAAAUGGAUUCCUAAAAGUCAGAAGUCUCAGAGAUGCCAGAAGCAAGUUCCCUCAUUGGAAGAACUAUGCUUGUUAAUUCUUUCCAAAAAUGCCGAUGCAAUUAGUUCUCUUGACUUUGUCCCAGAUGUCCUGAGACACAAGAUCUGUUGGUUUCUUUGUGACAGUCGGAGAAUGGAUGGUCAUUUUCUUGAAUUGCUUGUGCAUGGUUCUCCAACAGAGAUACGCAUAAGGGAUUGUUCAUGGUUAUCUGAGGAACUAUUUACUAAGACAUUUGAAGCUUGCAAUACCAGCAAGUUGACGGUGUUACAAUUUGAUCAAUGUGGAGGCUGUAUGCCAGACUAUACUCUCUAUGCAACCUUGGCUCGUUCACCUAAUAGCCUUCCUGCUUUGACUACAAUAUCCUUGAAGGGUGCAUACCGUCUUACAGAUGCCGGGCUAAGCAUGCUUGUCACAUCUGCACCUUCUCUGAAAUCUGUUGAUAUCAGUCAGUGCCCCUUGCUUACCUCUGAGGGAAUCUGCUUUCUGGCAAACUCACUCAGAUUGGUUCUAAGGGAAUUAUACUUAGAUAAUUGUCAAGGAAUUGAUGCUAUGCUUACUCUACCAGCACUGCUGAAGCUAGAGAACUUGGAAGUUUUAUCAGUAGCUGGAAUUUCGACAGUUUGUGAUUAUUUUGUCACUGAAUUCGCCUCUGUACAUGGUUGCAGAAUGAAGGAGCUUAUUUUAGCAGAUUGCAUGGAGUUGACUGAUAUAUCUAUGAAAGCCAUUGGUGAUACUUGUUCUGACUUACGUGCUGUGGACCUGACGAAUUUGUGCAAGUUGACAGAUGCUUCAAUUGGUCACCUUGCAAAUGGUUGCCAAGCAAUUCAGAUGCUAAAAUUUUGUCGUAACGUAUUCAGUGAUGAAGCUAUUGCUGCAUAUCUUGAUGUUCGUGGGGCACUUUUGAAAGAUCUGUCACUCAAUAAUACUAUCCAGGUUUCGAAUCAUACUGCUCUAUCACUUGCCAGAAAUUGCCGAAACUUACGGAGCUUGGAUUUAUCAUGGUGUCGCAGUUUAACCAAUGAAGCACUAGGAUUGAUUGUUGAUUCAUGUUCGUCGCUGGAAGUGCUCAAAUUGUUUGGCUGUACACAGGUUACAAGUGUGUUUGUUGAUGGCCAUUCAAAUCCACAAGUAAAACUUAUUGGAUUGAAGAUGACUCCUGUAUUAAAACAUAUUGAUGUGCCAGAUUUCCUCCUAGGACCCCUCCGAUACUCAUCCACCUUGCCUUGAAUUAACAUAUUGAUGGUUGACAUUCAGCUGGUCUUUUACUUCAACAGGUAACUUGGUAGUUAUAUUCAAAACGUAGUCGGCGGUUGUGUUUCCAGCUCUGGCCAUGCUAGCCGUUACUUAAAAGAAAAAACAAGGAUCAUGACCCCGGAGUAUUCUUUUUGUGUGGGUUUUAAUGAUCACUUCACCUGCUUGAUAUUUUCAGUAGCAACGGAAAGUUAUGGACAUGAUUGUACAUAUGUCUUGAUAUUUUCAGAGGUCGAACGAUUUUGUUUGCUGUGGCUUUGAGCCCUUAACAUUUUCAGCCUUGUUCGAUCAUAUGAAACAUCCAUGUUUAUAUGAAUCAAUCAAAACUUGGAACAGUUCUGCUCCUCAUACGUUGCUAAUCUUCUUACAAGUAAGAUAGCUGCAAUUUAAGUUGAUUUCAUUGGUGUAAGAAAUAAGUUUUGGAAUCAAAGGAUGUUAUUUGGCACUAAUUUGACUCCAAUCAU